GUGGGUUGUGAUAAGCGUAUAAUUUGAAAGGACGUUAAUUUGAUGCGAUUUUCAUAUUUUCUGCUGGAAUUUACCAGUGAGGUGAGUGCUAAGACACCUAGGGGCUAGACAAUCUGGCUUAUUACCUGCAUCCACAUCAUUACCAGCUCUGAAGAAACACUGGGCAGUUUUCCACUAGCUUCAAUUCAUUCUUUGAGUAAGUGCUAGUGAAAACCCACACUGGUCACUCUUGAGUGAGCACCAGCGAGCACUGAGAACCCACACCAGUCCCGAGGGAGCGCCAGUGAGGACCCACACUGGUCUCUCGAGUGAGCGCCAGUGAGGACCCACACUGGUCUCUCGAGUGAGCGCCAGUGAGGACCCGCCCGUGCGGAGCUACCCGCACUGCUCCGUCAUGCCGGGCCCGGCGAGCAGUAGCAGCGGCGGCGGGAAGCCGAACCGUCCGCUGUUCGCAGCAGCCGAGGAGCGCGACAUGGUGGCCUGGAUAUCCCACUGCGCCGCACUCGGACUGGUCAUCACGCUCGAGAUGUUCCUGGUGGAGGUGCGCCGUAUCGUCCAGCUGGAGCAGCGCGAGAGUAAGAGUGCCCAGGCCAUGGACCAGUGGGUCUCCGAGUUCCGUUCGCGGCACUCUGCCAAGCUCGGUCCGCUCAGUCUGCUGCCGGCGUUGGCGGCUGCCGAGCGGUGUGCCGGCCGGCCGCCGCGCCAGUGGUACCGCUCCGUGAACUCGGUGCUGUCGGAGCGACUACACUCGGCCGACGUGGGCCACCCGUUCUCCGACCCGCAGCGCGUGCUAUACCUGGGGGAGGUCAAUCUGUGCCUGGCCAGGCGCACGGCCAGCGUCGUGGCGCUCCGCCAGGUCUCGCAAACCACGGAGAAGACCGUCGAUGGGAACGUGGCCUACGUGCAGGCGCUGUCUGCCAGUGGUGAGCUGGCGCCGCCCAUGAUGGUGCUACCGCCGAUGGUGGUGGAUGACCUGCCCGAGGGCGACCCCUGUUUCCGGCACACAGACCCCACGGGCUGCGUCACUCCCACAGCGCUCAUCCAGUACCUGGUGAAAUCGCUGGAGCCGUACCUGAGCGCCACCAAGGUGCAUCGGCCGGUGCUCCUGUACGUGGACGGUUUGAACCACCACGGCAGCAUGACGCUAACGCAGUUCUGCGACGACGAGGGCAUCAUCAUGGUGGGCCUGCCGCCGAGCGGUCAGGCGCGCAACCCGCUGCGCCAGGCGGUCACCAGCCUGCUGGCAGCCAACUUUGACCGGCUGGUGGCCGAGGCGCGCCUGGGCCGGCGCAAGAACAGCGACUCGGGCCAGCUCAGCCUCUCGCUCAAGUGCCUGCUGGCGGGCAUCCGACAGGCGUCUCGGCGCGUCUGUAAGGAGACGGUGGCGCAGGCGUUCACGUCGAGCAGUCUGUUUCCGUGGGGCGAGGGUGUGGUAUUAGCCUGCCAGCCGGUGGACGGACACAUGGACACCAGCCCCGCCCCCGACUCCGACUCCGCCCCCGCCCCCGCCGCCCCCGCCUCCGCUGGUGUCGCUGUCCAGAAGUCCACCCCUUCUCCCGUUCAGAACGGCGGCCCGAAGGCGGCGGCGCGCAACGGCCGUCCGGGCGGCGUGUCGCGCACGGUGAUCGUACAGAGAGCGGACCCCGACGUCACCGUCAAACACGAGAAGAUCUCGCCGCCUCGCAGCAGCCCCAGUCCAUCCGACUCCAGCUCUGGCACGGAUGUGGCGGUCGGCGGUAACGGUGCUGCGCGGCACUCGCACCCCGCAGGUACCCCGUUCUCAGACGGGGUACCGGACGAACUGGUACUGCCCCAGGCGCGACUCACCGAGUACCUGUGGGCCCUGGAUGCGGCCGUGAUCGCGCUCAGGGCUAACAAGCAGGAAGAACAGGCCCUUGUUGCGAUGGAGCUCAAGACGAAGCUGCGAGCGUUGCACGCGGCCAGCGCGGACCUCUCUGGCGACGGCGACGAGGAUAAGACGCCGUGUGCGGUGGCCGGCUGUGACGGCCCGGACGGUGAUGCCGGCCCCCCGCACCGGUUUCCCAUGGACCUGGCCGUGUCGGCCAUCUGGCUGCAGCGGUGCCGGCUCUCCAAGAGCACGCGCAUCACCGACCGUCUGGCCGUGUGCGCUCGCCACUUUCGACCGGAGGACUACCUGCCCUCCCAGUCGGUCGACCGGCGCGACCGCCGGCUCAGGCCGACGGCGGUCCCCAACAUGCGACUGGACAAGCCCACACAGAAGGCGGCACCGGCCUCUCUCUCCCGCGCCGCCGAGGUGCGCGCCUCCCGCGGCAUCAAACGGCCGAAACGCUACGACGACUUCGAGUGCGCCGACGACGCUCCGCAGCGACCCCUGGAGGCGGCGCCCUCUCCCGCCGCCGCCGCCGCCGCCGGAGCCAGUCCCGACAUGACCGAGCUGGCCAACAAACCCCCGGCGGCUCUCAAGUCGAUCAUUGGCAUCCUGCGCACUGAGAACGCGGAGCUGCGGAGUCGGCUGGAGGCUGAGCAGGGCAGGGGCAGCCGGCUGGUCGAAGACAUAGAGCGGCUGGUGGGUAAGUACCGCGCCGGCGCGCCGCGGUGACUUUCGCGGUGACUGCCAUCAUGUGUGCUGUCCCAACUGUCGUGGUGACUGCUGAUAUGUGCGCUGGCCGGUGUCCUAUCCACCUUCCUGACGGUUAGGCGGCUGUCAGAACUGGUACCGGGUACAGUCGUGCGCCCAUGAAAACGAUGCGGGUCAGCUAACAUCUCACUGCCGCUUAUAGCUCAUCGACAUUACAGAGUGACAGCUCACCAACUGGUGUGCAAUGAAUGUGGUGUCUGUGUGUGUGAGGUAUCUGAUGGCUGUGGCAAUUUGAGCUGCCAACGUCAUUGUUAGUGUUAUUUGUAAUUAUCAUUGGCAUAUGUUUCCUUCUGACGCUGAAGACUUCAAUCGACUUUAAUCUGGCACUGUGUAACUACAUUUUGAAAAUCGGUGUUGGAUCUCUAGACUGCCUUUUUGCUAACUGAACGUCGUUUUUGUCAUUGUUCAUCAGCACAUGGCUCUCGGUAAGACAGAUAACUGAUCUGCAAAUGCCGCAUGCGCCACCUUGUCAGGGUAGUUGAUUGUUCGGAACCCACACAGUCGAGGCGUUACUGCCGAUACAUUCUGCUGUAUGCUACCAGCACGCGGGACGAUACCGUCGCUUAUGGGACGAUGGACCCAAAUGUCGCUAGGAGCUAGUGGGAUAUCGCCGUCCUAUGGACAGGCUCGUACAAACCUGUGUACAACCCGGUACCUGGUGUUUCAAGCCGCGGUAGCUGUUGGCUCCUCCCUAACGAGCAUAGCAGCGGGGUAUCUGAGCGAUACGGUACAACCGUACCACACAGUGUGGUACAGUUGUGAGUCGUGUCAUACCCCAUUUGUACCAUAAUCUACGGGUGGUACAGUAACUACCGUACCAUACCAUUGUGGCUGAAGACGUUUUUUGAUUGUAUUGUAUGUGGCUGUGAGGAUUAACACAAAGGUGAGUUGAUCUUCGUGAGCUGCUCGUGAGUUGAUCUUACCGAUAUCAGUUGUUUUUUACACUCGCUUCAUUCGACGGAUUCAUUCAUCCAUUUGGUUAAUGUUUUGUAUUUCUUAGUGUGUUUCGAAUACAGCGACAUGUGUGAAU